UCCGGAGCUUUACAACCGACACAGAUCGAAGCUGAACUAGUGAGAGGGAUGUCUCCAGAGGAUGAACCCCCAAGUCCCGCCCUUGUCUUCGGCUCCACCUCAGAGGACCUCCAGACCAGACCCCUCAGCUGCCGUGGAGCCUCUGCCAGUGGAACGAGCUCCUUCCUGAAAACACUGAUGGACGCGGAAGCAGCGGCCAACUCUGCAGCCGUGCAACUUGUGUCUUUUAAAGAUGCGAUGGAGGAUGAGUUUUCUGAUUCAAGAAGGUCCGCCACGGACAAGCGGCGAGCUGCGAGGCAGAGAGGCCUCCUGCUGGAGAAGUUGGUGGAUUUCAAACGAAUAAAUAAAUCUGUUCGACAGAAACUGAAGCAGCUGCAGGAAGCAGAGGCUGAUCGAAUUGAUGCAAACCAACAUAUUGAGAUGUUAACGAAGAGGAUAACACAGGCUGAAAGUGAUAAUGAGCGUUUAAACCGAGAUCUGACUGAGACAGAACGAAGAUUCGGGGAGUUGAUGGAUCUGCGGAGAGAAGAGCAGGAGAACGUGAAGACUCACGUGACAAAGUCUGUGGAGGCGACUCAGGCUCACCUGCAGGAGCAGCUCCGCACUAAGGAAGCUGAGAACAAGCGUCUGGCUGCACAGCUGCGGACUCUGGAAAGAACCCGGACUGAGCAGAAGAUGGAGAUUAAAGAUCUGAGAGGAUCCGUCGGCGCUUUGAAUGAGAAGGCAGCAAAGGACAAAGAAUCUCUAAAGAAAGCCACACGAGCACAGAAACUGAGAGCCCAGAGAUUUGAAGCUGCUGUAGAGAAAUGUUAUGCACAGCUAAAGGAAAAGGAUGCUCAGCUGGUCGAUGCCCGUCUGGAGAGAGACUCCAGGAGACGGCAGAAGGAGCAGCAGACGGAGGAGAAAGACAAGCUCCAGGCUCAUGUCGAGUUAUUGAAGAGUCAGAUCACGGAGUUGACAGGGAGGCGGCAGAAGGAGAGGGAUGAGCUGACCGCGGCUCAUGAAACCGUGAUGCAACGUGUGGAAAAACUCUGCGCUGAAAACGGACACCUCCACGUCAAUAAUGCAGCACUUGAGGCAUCAGUUGCUCGGUUGGAGCAGCAGCUGAAUGAUUGUGAGUCGGCUCUGGUGGAGGAGAAGUUCGAGUCGCAGGAGAGGAAACGUCAAGCUGAACAGUGUCAAUGUCAGGUCGCAGCACUUCAAGUUGAGCUCGAUGAAAUGAGGAUAAAAUAUAAAUAUAUUUCAAGAGAGACGGAGAAGACGAGGGAUGGGAAAGAUACAGAAGUUGAGAGGAUGGGCAGUCAGACUAAAUUGCUGAGAUCAUCGGUGGAGAUGAAAGACUCCAUUCACGAGGCCAACGUAAAACUACAAGAGAGAAUUGAUUCUGUUCAAAAGCAGAUGGAGAGGCUGCAGCAGGAGAACCUGGAGCUCGUACGGAGGCUGGCAGAUCAGGAGGAGGCUCUGAGCUACAGCAGCCGGCAGCUGGAUCAGCGCUCGUCGGAGAGUCAGGCGCUCAGCCGGCAGCUGGAGGCGGCUUUAUCAGACGUUCAACAACAGGUCCAAAAAGUCAAAGACCAUAGUGUUUCCAGAGAGGGGGGUCUUCAGACUCAAAUCCUGCAGCUGGAAGCAGAGAAGAGCAGAAGAGAUAAAGAGCUGAGGCUUCUUCGCCAGAAAAAACUGACUGCAGAGCGACAGUUUGAGGUGCGUCUGAAGGACCUGCAGCUCAGCCUCGACCAAUCAGAGAGCCACAAACAAAGCAUUCAGAACUACGUCGACUUCCUGAAAAACUCCUAUAAGACCAUGUUUGAUGAGGGAUUGCAGACUUCUACUUUUACAUCAUCAUAUUUUCUAAAAUAAGUCAGGGCUCAUAUUUAGACAUUUUAUUGUUUGUAUUUAUUUACGGGUUUACUGUAUAUGAGGUUUUAUUACCUCAAGAUUUCCAUUGAUUUCUCAGGGAAUACUUAAUGGAUCUUGAAGACAAAAAAGUCAGACAUGUUCAGGUGACUGAAUAAAAUCUGGAUCCAGCUUUACAAAUGUUGGGAUUUACUGCUGGUCUGUUCUUUUUUUAGGACUUGGUUACCUUUUGGGUUUAAGCUUUUAGUGAGAUAAAACAAGUCAUUUUUAGUAACUGGAUGAUUUCCUCAAUUUCCACAACCUUAGAUUUCAUAGAUGACAUCAAAUAAAUUAAUAUAUAAGGAGUUUCCAGCCGGUGGAGGUAAAGUGCCACUAGGUGGAACUGUUUAGUUAAUCGUCUUUUCUCCCCUAUAAGAAUCUUAUGUACAUACACACAAAGUUCAGUGCCUGUGACGUCUAUUCUAGUGCAACUGGCUCCCAAUAAGAUAGCUUUGCAUUUUUGAGGCCACACAAUGGUUAACCAAUACAAUUUGUGCUAUAAAAACAAAUGUGUAGCUGCAUAU